GUGUCGAUACAACCAAACACAAACCCACACAAAUCGAUGUAUUGUGUAAAUAUGUAAUCAAACGAAAGCGGUUGUUUUCUACGGGCUCAAGUUUUGCCCGAUUUUGUGUAUAUCACGGGCAACAGACAGUGACCACAAUAACGUCGCUGAGUGCGGGCAUCAUAAAGGCCAACAGACAGGGACUACGAUAACGUCGGUGACUGCGGGCACCAUAACUGAAGCGUAUACGUUUUCGAUAAUACUAACGUCAAAGUAUUCGCUAUUACACUUUGCUUCAACUUUACUCCGCAUUACUUUGGUUUACCGUGUUUAUUUAAAAAAAAUGCAAGGAUUCGUAACCGAGGACGAUUCAGCACUUAUAAGAUUGAUAAAGAAAAAUGAACACCUCUACGACAGAUAUCAUAAGCAUUAUAAACUUUAUGAUUUGAGAAAGGCCGCUUGGGAAAAGAUAGCUUGUGAGCUUGGGAUUAAUGAAACGAUUUGUUUACGCCGUUGGUCGAAUUUACGUGAUCGGUACGCGAGAGGAAUCCGCCGUUUGGCUGCUCUUGCUAAAGAUGGAAUAGAAACGGAGGUGCCGCCUCUAUUCAAAGAAAUGGAGUUUUUAAAACCACAUAUAGUGCCGCGAUGUAUUAGGAUUGGAGAUCCGUCUUUGUCACGGCCAUUUACAACACUGCCAUCAUCGUUCAAUGCUGAUUCGUUUACUACAGAUCUGGAAGAUACUAAAGAAUAUGAGGAAGUUACAGAGCCAUUCCAGUUUAUGAAUUCAGCAUCAAAUGCGUCUCUACAAGAGAAAGAAGAUGAGGAGGAGAUUGAUGCAUUGCUGCCCACAGACACAUUGUCACCUUCUGCACUUUAUCCCAAAAGUCCGAGAGACGAACCAACAAAGGCUUUACACUUACCUGUGACGAAAUCUAAGAAUCAGCGUAAAAGUAGCAGAAAGCGGCACCAUGAGUCCGACAUUGAACAGGAGCUAAGUUCCGCUUUAAAAAUGUUUAAACAAGUGUGUGGUGCGGCAAAAGCACGCCACGAAAAUCCUGCAAUUCAUGGUUUUGGUCAAAUGAUUGUCGAAACAAUUUGUGGGAUGAGUGAACGAAAGCAGACAAUAGCCAUGCAAAAGGUGACUGAAGUGGUGAUGAAAUUAAAAAUAGAGCCGUAAGCCUUGUAGAGAAAAAGUUUGGUUUAUUUUUAUUUAAUUUUAAUGUAUAAAUAAUAUGUAGUAUAUAAUAUUAAAUGUAGGAGUCUAGUAAAAAUAUAAUACAUACAUAUUUGUAAGUACAAGCAUAUGAAAUUGGUGCAUGCUUUUCGUUUGCGGAUCACUCCCUGUGUGCUGAUGAUCUUAAUUAAAAUAUUCGACUCUUAAGGUGUUAGGAGUAGUCAGAGGCACGAAAAAAUUAUGAUUUUCAAUAUUUUUUUUUUUUGCUAGUCAAUUGCUUUUUUUAACAAAAAUAAAAAUAUAGCAUUAAUUCAUCAUGUUUCGACUUGACUUCAGCAAAAUUUCAAAAAAAAAAAAUUAAUAACUGUAAAAGUUAUCGCUGUUUGUGUGAAGCCCGUUUCUCCAGAAGUCCCUUACGGUAAUCAUCACAAGUCCUUGGAGAUUCAUCUAAAAUCAAUCGGACAAGAGAAAUUAGUUUAAUUUUUUUUCAGAACAACCGACAAUUAAUUGUUUAAA